CGAAUCACCGACGUAAUGGCAGAUACGUUGCACAAAGAUGGAUACGAAAUGUCAAAUAUAGUAAUGCGAGGGGGAGGUGCUAACAUGGGAGUAGAUAGUGAUAUGAAGCUAGAACCAUCUAGUCCUACAGAAAAGUAUACAUUCUCCCGUUGCAGUAGUACUGGAUCAGUGAAUACACCGUCGUCAUCUGCACAUAAUACAGAGGAUGAAGACAGUGAUAAUAAAAAUUCCACUAUAAGUUAUAAGGAACGCAGAAGGGAAGCUCAUACUCAAGCAGAACAAAAACGAAGAGAUGCAAUUAAGAAAGGAUAUGAUUCACUACAAGAUUUAGUUCCCACUUGUCAGAAUACCGAUUCAUCGGGUUAUAAAUUGUCCAAAGCUACUGUACUUCAGAAGUCAAUUGAUUAUAUACAAUUUUUACUGCAACAGAAGAAGAAGCAAGAGGAAGAACGUAAUGCUUUAAGAAAGGAAGUUGUUGCGUUGCGUAUUAUGCAGGCUAAUUAUGAGCAAAUGGUUAAAGUACAGCAAACACAGCUAGGACAUGCUGAAAUGCGUAUAUCCGAUGAAACCAAAUUUCAAGUGUUCCAGGCAAUUAUGGAUCGCUUGUUUCAAACAUUCAACAACAUUUCUGUAGCAAAUUUUGCAGAAUUAUCUGGGUGUGUGUUCAGUUGGUUGGAACAACAUUGUAAACCUCAGACUUUGGGCGAAGUGGUACGGUCAGUACUUCAGCAGCUUAACAGCCAAAUCAGCUAGUCGAAUAUAUUAAUGAAGUUCAUGAUUGCACAAUACAAUGUCUAUAAAAAUCUUUUGCUGGUACUUAGGUCAAUCAUUGGUAGAGUUACCAGAAACGAUGGGAACAUGUGUGUUAUAUACAAUACGGGUAGCAUAAUAAUUGCACGAGAAAUAUAAAUAGAAAUUUAUUUUAUAUAUUAAUAUAGUUGUAGAUACAGCCAUAAAAUGUGGCACAGAAUUUCCUCAAGCCAUUGUUGGGGACUGGACGAUGUUAAAUAUUUUUAUCAGAGAUUUUUUAUUACGUAAAUUUUGCUGCAUCAAUA